UCCUGGCAGUAGGAUCCGUGGCUAGGAGCAGUACGUGUCACACUGGUCGAGGAAAAAGACAGUAGAAUUUGGCGUGUGUGGUUUUGUAGGUGAUUUACCCCCCGGACCGGACUAAGACAUCCCUGCGUGGUGGAGAGAUUGGAGAGUUGAAACUGUUUGGAUUUGAGAUAUUUUACAAAGAUUCGACGAUGCUACGCAACGGUUCAUGCAGGAUUCCAGGCUUCCGGUGGACGUCGGUGGUACUGUUCUUCGUCUUAAGCCACACAGCCUUCAGUCUCAGUCGAGUGGCGUUCGAGAAGUUGACAGAACUCGACUAUAGAGGCAGCACUUACUACACAGUGAAGAACCUCUCUCUCUACGAAUGCCAAGGAUGGUGUCGCGAGGAGCCCGACUGCCAGGCUGCUUCGUUCAGCUUCGUGGUGAAUCCGCUGACUCCGAUACAAGAGACACUGUGUCAGUUGCAGAAUGAAACUUCAGCCAACAACCCAACUGCAGUGCCACAAAGAUCCGUUAACCUCUAUUACAUGGUCAAGAUGCAGUUACGAUCAGAUAAUGUUUGUCUCAGGCCUUGGGCUUUCGAACGAGUUCCUAACAAAAUGAUUCGAGGCCUCGACAAUGUUCUCAUCUACACGUCGACAAAAGAAACGUGUCUAGCUGCCUGCUUAAAUGAGCAUCGCUUCACUUGCCGCUCUGUGGAGUAUAAUUACGUCACGCUGCAAUGUCAUCUCAGCGAUUCAGAUCGGCGCACCACUGGACAAUAUGUUCAGUUUGUUGAUGCUCCAGGAGUUGACUAUUUUGAAAAUCUCUGCCUUAAGGCCAACCAGGCUUGCAAAGCGAAAAGACAGUUCCAGGUACCUCGCAUUGGAGUAAAUGAAGACAAAGUGUCACAAUAUGCCAGUCUACAUUACUAUGUCGAUAAGGAAUUACAGGUGACCAGCGAGUCAGCAUGCCAACUUGCCUGUGAGAUUGAAAAUGAGUUCCUAUGCAGAUCAUUUCUCUACCGAGGCGCACCUGUUGGUACUUCUUACAACUGCCAGCUAUUCCACCUAGACCACAAGACAUUGCCUGAUGGACCAAGCACGUACCUCAAUGCUGAACGACCACUCAUUGAUAACGGAGAACGAGUCGGCACUUACUACGAGAAUUUCUGUGAGAAGACAGCUAGCAACCCACAUGAAAACUUACCACCAGAAAUUAACACCACAGUGGAUCCAUCUUUGAACAAUUUAACUCGCAAUGAUAUCAACUGUGAUAAAACUGGAACAUGUUAUGAUGUUUCAGUAAACUGCAAGGACACCCGUAUAGCUGUUCAGGUCCGGACCAACAAGCCCUUCAAUGGCAGAAUUUAUGCUCUGGGUCGAUCAGAGACAUGUAACAUUGAUGUUCAGAACAGUGACUUGUUCAGACUCGACCUGACAAUGAGUGGACAAGACUGCAACACUCAGUCUGUGACUGGAGUGUACACCAACACUGUAGUUUUGCAACACCACAGUGUGGUAAUGACGAAAGCUGACAAGAUAUACAAGGUGAAGUGUACAUAUGACAUGUCGUCAAAGAACAUAACGUUUGGAAUGAUGCCCAUAAGGGAUCCUGAGAUGAUCAGUAUUACAUCUGCCCCAGAGGCACCUCCACCACGCAUUCGCAUUGUUGACAGCCGAGGCCGUGAAGUCGAGACUGUCCGCAUUGGAGACAAGUUAACUUUCCGUAUUGAAAUCCCUGAUGAUACUCCAUAUGGCAUUUUUGCACGAAGUUGUGUAGCGAUGGCAAAGGACUCUAAGAGUACAUUCCAGAUUAUUGAUGAUGAAGGAUGUCCUGUGGAUCCAAGCAUCUUCCCCAGCUUCACACCAGAUGGCAAUGCACUACAGUCUGUGUAUGAAGCUUUCCGCUUUACUGAAUCGUAUGGUGUCAUUUUCCAGUGCAAUGUCAAGUACUGCCUGGGUCCCUGUGAACCGGCUGUGUGUGAAUGGGGUCAUGAGUCCGUUGAAUCUUGGGGCAGGAGGAGGAGAUCCAUUGCUUCAAACCGCACAUCCAACGAAUCUGAGGAUGACAUGACUCUGAGUCAGGAGAUUCUGGUGUUGGACUUCGGUGACGAGAAGAACAGCCAGUUCCUGAGGAGUGAAGCUUCAUCUUCAGACUUUGGUAAAGACAAGACAGUCACAAUCGUAGAACCAUGCCCAACCAAGACAUCAGUUCUGGCACUUGGUGUAACAUGUGCCCUUCUUGUGCUCAUCUAUAUCAGUACCAUUUUCUGCUACUACAUGAAGAAAUGGCUGUCACCAAGGAAGAAUCUUGCUUGAAUAUCCUAGUGUGUGGUUGGAGAUUGAAGCCGUAUAUGCAAUGCUGUCUGAACAUGUGAAAUUCUUACAGCUGCAUUGUAGCUCACGCACAGCAGAUAUUUCCCGGUGCUCACACUUGAAUAAUGUGUUCUUGGCCUCCCACAUUGGGGUUUAUGGUACUUGAAAACCAGUCAACGAGACUUCAUGUGCAGUUUAAUUCCAGUUACAUUCAACUGUGAUGCCAAAAUGUACACUGUCAUCUAAUAUGCAUACAACUGGUGGCUGUUUGCACCAUUAUUCGUUAACAAACUUUAAAUGCUAACAGAGGGAUUUAACACUGCAGCUAUUCCUAUAAUAGUUUUAUUUUUAAUCCUCAUUAGCAUCCAGCUGAUUGAUUAACACAACGAGUGUUGGUGCAUAUAGCAUUAAGUUCUCACUGAGGGGGGGAGUCACUGAAAAAUUAACAAUUUUCCACUGUUAAUUUUGGGGGUUUAGGUGAGAUGUCAUGGAUAGUGUAUGUUCUUCAUCAUACUCGAGGUAAUCAGUGGCAUUUAAUUUGGUUGAAGACAAAUCCUUCAGUUCAAAAAAUCUAUGAGGAUUGUUCAAAUGAAACCUGUUUCCUGUGCUGCUAGCAAAUGUGGCCAGCUAGCUAAUGAGGAAAGCUGUAAAGGGCUGUAGGUUUGUGUCAGAAGAUGAUUGCAAGGCCCUUGUGCAGUGGUUCAAGAAGCAACCCAGGAGUUUUUUGUGCACAAGAUCCCCAUCAGCUGGUGUGUCAGUAGGAUGUGUGCCUCAGUGACCAUGGGGAACUGUUCUUAAUGUGCUCUACUCCUCUGCCAAAACCAAUCCCGGCAUGGGUUUAUUUGAACGGGCCUCACACAAACAAAUUAGUGACUGUGGGAUUCGAGGUUCUCACGGCAUUGUAUAUUAAGAUUAUUGCCUUUUACAAUGUAAUGCCAUGUAGUUUGGUGUAUGGGUACUUAUCUGCUGCCCUGCAUGGCAUCAGAACCCACAAGACCAUAAUCAUAAAAUCAGAAUUGCCAAAGAGGUAUGAAACGGCACUCACUCUGCUUGAAUGAAAUAUAAUUUCCAACUAGGUCUUAUGGUGGUUAUAACGUGAUGUAAAUUUUAAGAAAAUUACUGCAGUUAAAAGUACAUUCCUGUGUUGUAUAACUAAAGGCUUGUGCCUUAGACAAAAAUUACAUGUGAAUGCCACUUUUUUUUUUCCCUAGGACUACUGUGUGUAUAUGUUCAUGAACUUGUCUACCUAUGCAGGUAAGCAAAUGAAAUGCUGCCUGACAGGGUGACAUAGUGGGGUUUUUGGCAUUGGGAACCGGUGAAUGGAGAAAAAGAAAACAUUGAAAUAAUGUCACUUUCCUUAUUUAUGGAACUAUUGUAUAUAGACUCUCUUUACUUCUAUAUUUGAAAUAUUUAUACAACAUUUUUUCAUUAAUAAACACUAAGACAAAAAUUACUUGUGUGUAAUUUAUUGGACAAGGACCUCGUUCAGAUGCAAGAUUGAGGUUCGCAUGAUGGUGAUGCUUUGCAAUGUGGUUGACUGCUGCAAAACUUUCGAAGCAAACUGCUGUCUCCCUCUCAGAGUAUGAUUGCAAGCUGAGACUGGAGAGAAGUGUUAUGUAGAGCAAGGAUGGGACAGCAACCCAAAGUGAACCAACAGGAGUAACAAGAAGAACACUGGCUCUUAAAAGGGCCACUUUUCAAAUGCAGAGUGGUUAAGACAAGACAACACAAAAGAGGGUCUAUUCAGAUUACAGAGUUGGAGGAAUGAAGAAGCACAGGCAAGAAAAGAGAAGCAAAAUAAUUCAAGGCAUAGGAGGAGGGAAUAUUUCCCAUAAGCGUUAUCCAAGGUUAGAGUGGGCGGGAGGAAAAAAUGGCUCUCCAGAAGACAGUAAUCAACUCUCUUAACUUUUAUUGGCCAUGCAACAUGCUACUGUAAUGCACAUGGCACUCAAUAACAAGUUUUCCCUAUAACUUUCAGUAUGCUAAACUAAAGUUGACCCUGCGGGCUCCUUUAAGCACCACACCAUGAAGACGUGCCUGAGUACCACACAUUCUGAAUCUUGGCAUUAGAUAAACGUUAGUAGUCAAUUUAAUGCCUUGGUCACUACUAUCUAUGAAAGAGCCCUGUGGACAAGGUAAUUGCUGGAACCCAGAGCCAAUGUGGCAGCAGAGGGGAAGACAGAAAUGACUGCUUUGCCAGGAAUGGAACUAGCAAUCAAGUCACUGUAUUAACUGUGCUAUCAAGCUUCUAAAUUUUCAGUGUCCACCCUGAGUACAAAAUUCCUUCAGCAGUUCUGGAUAUGAAAGAUACUGAUUAACUGAUAUUUCCUCAUCAUAACAUCAUUUUACAUACUUCAUGCAAAGGAUAUGCUGCAACUAGUGUUUUCACUCCAUUGUAGCCAUUUUAUUGCAUUUUUUCAAUUAGCUUUCUGUCCUCACUACUGGAAUGCUAUUCAUGAAAACUCCUUGUUGCAGAGUGCUCCUUGAGAAGCCAAUAGCUGCUCAACCAUUCACAAAAUUCCCAGUAUUUAUGAAAUUGGAAGAUUCAUUCCUUUGUUAACAAGAGGCCACCAAUGGUCCCCAUCCUGAGCCAGAUGAAUCUAGUACACACACUCACAUCCUGCAUCUCUGAUCCAACUGCUGUCUUAUUAUUCUUCCUAGUGGUCUCUUUCCUUCACGUUUUCUUACCAAAUGUCUGCAUGCACUUUUCUCCCCUCCCGUGCCUGCCACAUGCCCCUGCCAGUCUCAUCUUCCUUGAUUUGGGCAUUUUAACAGUAUUUUGGGAGGAGUCAAAAUUCCACUUUAAAUGCACGGAUAUUACAAAAGAUUAUUAAAUGUACUGUCUAAUUCAAGGGGGCACGCGGUAGCGUAGUUGGUUGAGUGGCUAUGCUACAAUCCGGAAAGUCGCGGCUUC